AUGGAAUUAAAAGAAAUUUUCAAUAAAAAUAACUCAUUUAUCCUCGUGGGAUUCUUAGACCUUCCACAACUACAUUACACCCUGCUGGUGAGUUUCUAUCUCAUAUAUAUUCUAACUUUAUUAGGAAACAUUAUUAUUAUAGUGGUGGUGUCAAUGAAUAACCCUCUGCAGAGCCCUAUGUAUUACUUCCUUUGCAACCUGGCAUUUCUGGAUAUUUGCUACACCACAACCACCCUUCCUAAACUCAUCCAGCUGCACUCAGAACAAGAUGGAACCAUUUCUUUUGCUUCCUGCCUAUUGCAGCAAUAUUUUUACAUCUCAUUUGCAGUUUCUGAAUAUUUUCUUCUGGCUGCUAUGUCUUAUGACAGAUAUGUCGCCAUCUGCAAACCCCUGCACUACUCAGUGGUGAUGAAUCCAAAAAUUUGUGUCCUACUGGCAAAAAGUUGUUGGAUUAUAGGGUUUGUAAGUUCGUCAGUGCCUGUUUCCUUCUCGUCCAGCUUUCAUUUUUGCAAUUCUAAAAUGAUUAACCAUUUCUUCUGUGACCUGACGGCACUGCUGAAACUAGCUUGCAAUAAGAUCUCAGAUAUUCAAGUAGUGAUCUUUAUAGAGAGCAUUACAUUGGCUCUUCUCCCAUUUUUGUUCACUUUGGCUUCAUAUGCAACUAUUGUGCAUAGCAUUCUGGGCAUCCACUCUAAAACUGGGAGAAGCAAAGCCUUCUCUACAUGUGCAUCACACCUUACUGUAGUUGGUCUCUUCUAUGGGAUCAUGAUUGGGGUCUACAUGCGCCCAAGCUCCAUGUAUUUUCCAGCCCAUGACAAGCUCUUCGCAUUGCUCUACACAGCUGUCAUUCCUAUGCUAAACCCCAUCAUCUACACCUUAAGGAACACUGAGGUGACAGAUGCCCUUAGGAAAACAGUAACCGUUUAUUUAAUAAGAUGGCUCAUCGGGCUACAAGAACAUAUUGAUGACUUUGCCAUUGUCUUGUGUCACUUCUUAUCAAAGUCUUUGAGACAAAACUUUGCAUUGUUAUUAAAUGUCUGUUGUCAACCAAAGAAGGAUCCAAAGGGUUUCAAUGUCUAA